AUGGCCGCGGAAGAGCUGUUGGAGUUGGAAAUCAAUGGCCUCGCGGGGCGCUUGUGCCAGUUGAAGUUGGAACGCUUCAGGCUCCGGAUUGAAGAUAUCAAGGAAGCGAUCAAGGAAUCCACUGGGGUCCCAGCCCUGGAGCAACGUUUGUUCCUGGGUUCGCUGGAGCUGAUCCGGGUUGGACAACUCGUUGCUGGCACGUCACCCGUGGAACUGAUGCUGGUGCGCAGAACGGCGGAGCAACUGAGUUGGCUACAGGUGCUGUCCAGGAUUGGAAAGAAGUAUCAGAACGCCCCUCCAGACGUCCAAAGAGACAAGGAGGUCAUCCGAAGUGUCUUGAACCAGGACUGGCGCCUCCUAAAGCACGUGCCAGCGGAACUGAAGGAAGAGAUCGAGAUUGUUGAGAUAGCGCUGGAGAGCGGCGCCCCGGCCGCGCGCGUGGUACCGGAGGAGAUGCGCCGCUGCAAGAGGCUGGCGAAGCUGGCGGUGAAAUACGAUGGCAGCGCGCUGAAACAUUUCGACCCCGAAGUCAUGGACAAGGAGCUUGUGAUGGAAGCAGUGGAGCGCUAUCCAUCAGCUUUUGAUUUCAUCCCGGAAGUGUUCCACCAGGACCGCGACGUGCUCUUCAGUGCAGUGCAACAAGAAGGCACCUGUUUGGAAUAUGCCUCUGCGAAGUUGCGAGGCGACAAGGAGUUGGUGCUGGCAGCAGUUCGGCAAGAGGGGAUGGCGCUUGAAUAUGCAAGUGAAGAGUUAAAGGCCGAUCGGGACGUCGUCUUGGAGGCUGUGACCAUGGAUGGCUGCGCCUUGCAAUUUGCCUCCGAUGAGCUCCGUAGCUGCCCUCAGGUGAUCCGUCGUGCAUUGAACUCUGACGGCUUAGCGCUCGAGUUUGCGGAUGAGAAGAUGCGCGACUCAAAAGAUUUGGUCCUCAUGGCCAUUCAAUCGGACCCACGCGCCUUUGAAUUUGCCUCUGACGGGUUGCGUCAUGACCCUGCGGUGAUCCUAGAAGCGCUGGUGCGGGCCACGAAGGGCUACGCACGGGAGUCGGACCGUACGGAAGACCGCAACAGGAUGGUGGAUGAGAUCCUGCGAUUCUUGAGCGAACAGGGUCUAAGCCAUUCCGAGUUGCGAGAGAAGAUGAAUGGAUCAGCCAGGGGUUCGGCUGUUCUGGACUGCAUCCUUGGGUCUGAGGGAGCCAAGACGAAGACGGUUACGGGGUACGGUAUGGAGACGCAACUGGAAUGA